AUGUAUGUUGUUUUAGCAAGAAGUAGGGUUUACGCCGAAGAUUAUUACUACGCUCCAGGGAAUGUAACCCGUACAACGUUAUCCGGGAUACAAGCGUAUCGAUCGGCUCUGACGCUUGACUGGUUGGCGGCAGAGGACUCGAGGCAACGUGAGCUAGUGGCGGCCUACGAGACCGAACCUUCCGCAUCAGCCAGGGUUAUAACAACCGAGUGUAUCGACUAUCCAAAGCCAUCGCCGGGGAGGGUUGCUAAGUUGAUGUUGGAACUGCUAAAGAAUCUAGAAGGAGAUGACGGCAUACUAGUUCCCGAAUUAAUUCAAGUCCUCGUCCGAGCGAGAAUGAUAGUGGAAACCUCAAUGUUGGACGCGGAGCCUGAUCUAGACUCAUUAGUAAAGACACCCACAAUGAUGAUGGGGGAACCUCACACCACAUUCCCCAGAAUCCUGGCGAUAGUGUGGAUGCUUGUAACUGAUACUACAGCGACGAGAAGUAAUGGUUGGUGUCCUCUUCAAAAGGUAAACAAAUAUCUUAUUUCGACGAAGACUGUGGACAUAGCGCAACACUUGCGCGUUUUAGAACCGGUGAUAGCUCGAGCUCGAUUUAUCAUGGAGGAGUUUAUCCAAAAUGUGACACCCCUUAAUAUGAUUCAAAAGAAAACAAAAACAGCUAAGCCCAAGCGCACUUCUCAGACUGAGACUGUUGAUGCACGCGAGAAACUGCAUCGGUCGAGGGACGUGGAUAUGCUUCAGGACCACCAAGUGCAGCAAGAUAAUCUAACUUUAGAGUCAGAUUACUCCAGCACUCCUUUAAUGGAGCAGGCGCGGCAAGCGGAUAUUCUAGAAGAAACAGAAGCUGUUGCGAAAAAAUGUAAUGCAGCUAAAUUGGCGGGACUUUUGAACGUUUUGACUAUUUCAACAUCUGACUCUGUGGAAUUGGUGCCAGUGGAACGUGAUCAGCCUUCUGGUGAGAAGCUCACUUAUAAGCUAACGAAGAGGCAAGAUGACGUUGGGGAAGCCUGCAUUCGCAUCAAACCUAUGCCCAGAGAUACAGUGAGGCGUGUUUACGCUAUCCUACCGUACUUUGACAAGGACCAUGCAAAUACGGCGUUUCUGCACAAAUAUCGAGCGACGGUACACGGCAUGUCUGAGGGCGAGGAUCUGUUGGACCGAGAAGCAGCCCUCUACGCCUCUAUUCUGACACCUCUGGUGUUUCUACAGCAAUACAGGGACACUUGGUGUUUGUUGGAAAGAGUGCGCUCCUUUAUUUUGGAGUUGCCAGGAAGAUCGUCUGCUACACGUACCGCUCCGCCUGUCGAAAAUGAAGACGAGGAAGUUCAUGACAAGAAGGAUAUAAGAUACCUAAAAGAACUGAUUAAAAACCUUGGUUAA